CCGCGGGUCCCAGCGUCUUCCUGCUCAUGGUCAACGGGCAGGUGGAGAGCGCCCAGGUGAGCGGCCGUGGACCCCGCGGGGCCGCACCCGUCCCCCCAGGGCCUAGCCUCGCCAGAGGGAGCCAGCGUGUGAGAGGCUUGGUGCGAGGUCGUGCGAACCCUCCGCCCCAUGUGCGGUGUGGAAACAGGCCUGGGGGGUUGAGCGAGGCCGAGGCCGCAGCCGGCCGAGCCGGCGUGGAGUCACGGGCAGGGGCCUCCACCCCACGCGAUCCGCGCGGGUCCGUGCGCAGCGAGGCCCCGCGCCCUCGACUCUCAGGCCCUCGGGCGCGGGUUGGAAGGGAGGUGAUCUGCUUGAUCUGAUGCAGCGAUGGUGGCGGCUGCCUCGGUGCGGGCGGGGGGCGGUGUCUGUUGGACGGAAGGGGACGCUACCCUCCAGUCCGCAGCACGUCCUACGAACCGUUUGUCAUUUCUGUGUAUAAGACAUAGUAUAUGCCAGCCUCCAUGCCCAGCCCCGCUCAGUCGAUCCUCACAGCAACCUGUGAAGUAGGUAUUACUGGCACCCUCAUUUUACAGAUGGGAAAACUUGCCCCAAAGCAGUGGCAGAACUGGAAUUUGAAACCUGGUCUGAUGUCAGAGCUUUGCUGGACUUGCCCUUCCAGGCUGUUUUUAAAAUAUUAUGAGUAUAUUGUGAGGACUAACUGAGAUGGUUUAGGUAAAGCUCUGCUGGGGCCUCUUAAUGGGCAUCUCCCGCCUUCCUGUUUCAUCAGGGACGCUGCCCCAGUCUCCCACUCUGUCCACCUCCCCCUUGACCCAGUGCCCAAGACCCGCUUCCCCUCUUCUGCUCUGUCCCAUCAGGGGCCUCAGCUGGGCUGGGUCACAUGUGUCUGUGCUCUCAGCAACCACCUCAUCCCCACUUUUCCUCCCCCUCUGCUCGGGGCCCCUCCUCUAGCAGGCCAAGCAUAUGUUGCUCUGUGUGUCCUAAUAGCACCCUGCCUUCGCAGACCUUUCACUGUAUCAUUUCCUUAGAGCUGCUCCUGUGCCUGCCCCUGUGCCAGGUGCUGGGGACACAGAAAGCUCGCACACCUGUCCCUUGUUCACAGUCUAAUGGGGUUGAGAGAAAUAAACAGUGCUGUGAUGGAGGGAAGCACCAGGGGCUGCGGGAGCUAGGAAGUGGCCCCCCAGGACGGCCCGGAAUUUAGGGCAGGCUCCCUGAAGGAUCAGUUUUGAAGGGUGAGCAGGAAAACUCCAGGUGAAGGAAUGGGAAGGGUAUGUCAUACAGAAGGCAGAGCCUGAGCAAAGGCCCAGGGGCAGUAGCGGCCCUGGACUCGCCCACAUCUUGGGCCCCAGACCCUCCGCUGAACGCCACGUCCACACCCCCUGCUGUCUCUUAGCCCCCACCCCCCCUCACCAGGUGCCUCACGAUCGGAGUUACUGGUGGCCGCACCUGCCUGGCCAGCAGUCGGUCUCAGUGUGAGUCCCUGUGAGCAGAAGCUGUGUAUGCUUAUCUCCACAGUUUCCUGAGUAUGACGAUCUCUACUGCAAGUACUGUUUCGUGUAUGGCCAGGACUGGGCCCCCACGGCGGGGCUGGAGGAGGGCAUCUCACAGAUCACAUCCAAGAGCCAGGAUGCGCGGCACGCGCUGGUGUGGAACUUCCCCAUCGACGUCACCUUUAAGAGCACCAACCCCUACGGCUGGCCACAGAUCGUGCUUAGCGUGUACGGGCCGGACGUGUUCGGGAACGACGUGGUCCGAGGCUACGGGGCGGUGCACGUGCCCUUCUCACCCGGACGGCACAAAAAGACCAUCCCCAUGUUUGUCCCAGAAUCUGUGUCUAAACUGCAAAAGUUUACCAGCUGGUUCAUGGGACGGCGGCCCGAGUACACAGACCCCAAGGUGGUGGCUCAGGGGGAAGGCCGGGAAGGUAAAACUUGAUCCCCCAUCCCCCGGGCAGGUGGGACCAGGUGGGCCCCCCGCAAUCAGAUGGCUGGAUGCCAGGGACCCGCCAGCACACAGAUGCAGGGGCAGGGCCCAGCCUGGAGGGGUUGCCAUGUCCGUCCGUCCCCCGUCCCCACCGCAGCCCCUUCUCCCAGUGAGGGGCGUGGGCCCAGCUAACGCUGCCCUUCUGUCCUCAGUGACCCGCGUCCGCUCCCAGGGCUUCGUCACUCUCCUCUUCAACGUGGUGACCAAGGACAUGAGGAAGCUGGGCUAUGACACCGGGCCUCCGGACACACAGGGGGUCUCAGGGCCCAGCACGCCCCAGGGCCUCUCCCGGUGAAGGCAUCGGCCCCCUGGGACGGCCCAGCGACCCACCUGCCUGACGUGCGUCGGGGGUGGCCGGUGUUUGUGUAAUAAAGUGUUACCUUUUCACAGA